AAAAGCCGUGCUUGGGGAGCGAAAAAUCAAACGCUGACAUAUCACAGUUGAGGCCGUGCAGAGAUAUUACAUUGGUUUUGGAAUAAGACGCCAGGUCAAAAACGGAAAAAUGGAUCCUUGUGAAUGCUCCAAAACUGGAUCUUGCAACUGUGGUGGAUCCUGCAAGUGCUCUAACUGCGCAUGCACCAGUUGUAAGAAAAGUUGCUGCUCCUGCUGUCCUUCUGGUUGCAGCAAGUGUGCCUCAGGCUGCAUAUGCAAGGGCAAGACCUGUGAUACCAGCUGCUGUCAGUGAGGCCUGGUUCAUGGCCAUGACAUCUGACCUCCAUGCAGUCCAUUCCCUAUUUAGUUGUUUGUAUUGUUGAGUGUAUUUUGUACUUUGUUUAAUGUAAAGCAAUAAAUUGGGUUCAACUAAGGAAUCUGAGAUUUUGUACUUGGUUAAUUGUAAUGUCUGGGGUGGUGAUCAUAUGACACUGUUAACGUCUGUUUUAAAUGUCUUAACACCAGUGGGUCUCUUGGUAACCUAGCUACACAUGAUAAUGUAAUUUCCAGUAUUACCACAGCAAUAAUGCCUUAUCUACAUUGGUCUAAAUCAUAUGGCCAUUCCUUAAUCGUGUAUCUUACACUAAGAGUGGUGUGCUGAAUUCAGUGAAACCUUUCUCCACACUUUAGUAAUGUAUGCAUUAAUCAUGCUGUGUAUCAGGUAGCUUGGGACUAACAUUGUGGGAUCAUUUAGCCUGCACAUUUAACUUUUGAUGCUCUCAAACAUCUUUGCAUAUGUGAAAUUAUGAUUAAAAAGAGUCAACAUCCCCA